CUCGGGAUCUGACAAGAUGGCCGGGCUGCCCUGCAGGAUUAUCAAGGAAACCCAGCGUUUGCUGGCAGAACCAGUUCCUGGCAUUAAAGCAGAACCAGAUGAGAGCAACGCCCGUUAUUUUCAUGUGGUCAUUGCUGGCCCUCAGGAUUCCCCCUUUGAGGGAGGGACUUUUAAGCUUGAACUAUUCCUACCAGAAGAAUACCCGAUGGCAGCCCCUAAAGUACGUUUCAUGACCAAAAUUUAUCAUCCUAAUGUAGACAAGUUGGGAAGAAUAUGUUUAGAUAUUUUGAAAGAUAAGUGGUCCCCAGCACUGCAGAUCCGCACAGUUCUGCUACCGAUCCAGGCUUUGUUAAGUGCUCCCAAUCCGGAUGAUCCGUUAGCAAACGAUGUAGCAGAGCAGUGGAAGACCAACGAGGCCCAAGCCAUAGAAACAGCUAGAGCAUGGACUAGGCUAUAUGCCAUGAAUAAUAUUUAAAAUCGAUCUGAUCAUCAAGUGUGCAUCACUUAUCCUGUUCUGCCAAGACUUCUUCCUUUUUUGUUUGCAUUUAAUGGACACAGUCUUAGAAACAUUACAGAAUAAAAGUCCAGACAUCUUCA